ACACAUAAUGUAUGACUACACUCUUUUGGUUGAACUGUACAAAAAAGAAAAAAAAUUUCAGAAAGUUUACACUACGUUUCGACCAAACUUAAAAGCAUCACCUGUAACGGGGAAAUUUUAUGCUUGCCAUGAAGCAAAUGUCAAUCAAGGUGAACCAAAUGACCACUACAUAAAACUUUUGGCACAAGCUAAAUCUUUAGGACCAAAGAACAAAUUUCCUUCUCCAAAAACUGAAAAUCAAAGGUAUGGGUGGUACGAUAAAACUUUAAUUCCACGAAAAGAAGAUAUUUUGAUAUUCCCACACGUAGAAGCUCCCGAAAUUAAAUUAGACAUUAUACUAAAACAGAAUUAUAAAAAUGAAGUGCCAUUUAGUGGAAUACCUUUUAAAUUGUAAUAAAAGAAAUUAUAAAAUCAUAAAAUAAAA